CGCUGACGUCAAACACGAAGCCGAAGACCCGAAAUGACUCGCCGCGUCCGAGGCUUUACAUACUUCUUUCAGAAAAUGAGGCCGAUAAUAAGAGAAGGAGGUAUUUCCUUUUCGGUUUGGGGGGUAUCGUGAGAUGCGAAGCUGUGAGUUACUCCAAAUCACGAGAACGAGUUGCUUGUGGGAGGGCGCUUGGCUGUCGCAGACAUCUCUCCGGCCGAUGGCUACGAUGCUAUAUCAUAUGAUACAUGGUGUAUGCAUUCUUCGAUGUCAGAUCAAGGGUUCCUUUGUAGUCGACUCUACGGGCUGAAGAGUCCCAUUUUUGGUGCAAAAUCUGUAGGCAAAGUUGACGAUCAAGUGGGUUUGUUUGGAGCCUGUCACAAAGCAUCGACCUCACUUGC